AUGACAACUGCACCGCCGGUACAUCACGGCCCUGAUAGUGGUAUACCCGCCCAUCUCGUCAAUCAUCUCCCUCGCUAUCAUCCUAUUGCCAUGAAUCCGAAUCCACCUCCACACCAAAUGCCACCUCCGGAGCAGAUGGUACAGAGCCACCAUUUCCGUCAUUUCGCGCCGCCCAUGCAUGAACAUCAUCCCCAAGGAAUACCACCAGUACACAGUCCAGCUUCGUUGGAACAUAUUGAAGCUAGACUCCGCCAUCUAGAGCACGAGGAAAUGGCCCGGAAUGCAACCCGUAGCCGCAUUCUGGCAAUGCGGAAGCAUGAAGAUGAGGAAUUUCGGUCCAUGACGGAGCGAGCCGAGGCAGAGGAAGAGGACCUUCGAAGACAACGCAAGAAGUUAAAGAGAGAGUCCAUGGGCUUGGGGCUCAACGCUGCGAGUGACUCGCCACCUCUACGGCCUACACCACCUCGCCGAUUAUCAGAGACUAGUGCAGCAACAACGUUGGCUUUCUUCAAGCAACAGAGUCCCCCCGAGCCCCGUCAACCACCCAUUCCACCAUCAUCUCAGGCACCGCCUCCCUCAAUGCCGCCACCCCAUAUGCACUCUCAACCUCAUCAUCAAGCUCCCCAACCUCCCCCACCAUCUCAGCAUCAACACCCAAUGCUUCCCCAUGACUCAAUACACAGCGCUGGCUCUAUUCGCCGCAAGCAAAAAUACACCAUCAAAAAUGUAGAGGCAUGGGGCGAACGCCACGGCCGACCAGCAGCUCACGACCCAUCCGGGCGAGCAUUGUGGAAGCGACCCUCCGAUGGAAGUCUAGUAUAUCUCACCUGCCCGAUUCACGGCUGCGGGAAAUCCGACUUCGUCACCCUCCACGGCUUCAUGUGCCAUCUCACCAAGAAACACAAAGACCGCACACUGGGCAGCCAGUCUCGUGCCCUCGAAGUCUGCGGUGUAGUCUUCGACCCGAAUGCUCCCCUCCCGCCAGUCAUGAACAGCCACCGGGCCUCGGCAGAAGGAAGUCCCCUGGGCUCUAUUCCCUUGGACCACGACGGCGACCAGCACUACGAUGACAUGGACUCCGAGUCCGAGGGCGAGCUCGAACGCGAGGGCUCCUACCGAGUCAAAACCGAAGUUCUCGAUCGAUUCAUGCCCGAGGCCGAGGGCACUCCUAUGGACUCCACUGCGGCAACACCCCCAAGCACACAACCAACGGAUCAACCAAGCAAUUCCAGAGAGGCGUUGGCGACCCUUCCACCGUCAGAAUCUGGUAUCCAGGGUCCAUCCCCUACACCAACCGAGUCGUCUGUGCCGUCGAAGCGCAAGUACGAAUUCUCGCCGUCAGCAGCGGAAAAAGAAAACGCGGAGCCUUAA